AUGCUAUAUCGGUUUGAAAUGGCAAUGUUCCUGCAAAGGGAGGGACAGUGCGCCCUGGAUCUCAUCACACAGAGGCUAUUAUUGUCGCCGCUGCGAGCGUGGUCUAGUGAUCCAGCUUGUGCCUCACCGGAACUUGGGGAUUUUGACCGACAAAUAAAUCUACCUCUACUGCAAAAUUGGGCCAUAUUGAGGCCGUAUCCAUCAAGAGAGACAUCUCGCACUGUGUUGGCUCGAUACAACGGCGGCAUUCUCACUGCUAUUAGGAUUCAAUCAGUAUUAUCCACCGAAGCUGAGACAAAGCACCUUCAUUCCUCUCCGGCACAAGCUAUACAACCUCUUAACGGGAGAACGCCGUACUUUCUAACAGGUCCAAUUCUUAGACGGGUAGGGAGCAAGAUAACUUUCCACUCAGAUUACUAUUUCUAUCUCUGUUUCGAUGAUGCAGGUCUAGACUAUGCACUUUGUGUCAUUUGUGGCAUAUGUGGUAGGUAUUCUAACUGCGAAAAUCUGGAGGCAGAGACAAGCUUCCCUCCUCCCUGGGACUAA